AUGUUCUUAUAUACCCAUUACCUUUAUGCUUCACACUAUCAGUAUAUUGUGAAGUCAUCGUGCAAAUUUACCAAUCUGAUUCUAAGCGCCUGUGGCUGGGCACCACGGCGGCAGGUUCCGAGCGGUAAGGAGGCGAGACCAGAUCUGCGGGUAUCUUCGCCUUCUAGCCAGGGUAUUGGCUUCUGUCUCGUCAACAUGGAUAUCCAUGUGGGUAUCCAUCUCGCCUGCCUGGUGGCCGUGGUCGUCGCCGACAGCUACAAGACGCCCAUCCCGAUCCUGAAGGACGACCGCACACAGAACGCCUACGGCGAGUACACGUUCGACUUCGAGACUGGAAACGGCAUCGUCAGGAACGAGGCCGGAAAGCAGGCUGAUGGCCAGGAGUCCUCGGGAGGAUGGAGCUACACCGCUCCCGAAGGCAUCCCUAUCAAGCUGAGCUUCACCUCCGGCGUGGGCGGUUACCAGCCCGUGGGCGAUCACCUUCCCGUGGCACCAACGUCAGUGCCUCUUCCCUACGAACGUCAGGACUACUAAAUCUUUCGUGCUUUCUCUGUUCAUUCCAUAUUUUA